AAGUGCUCUGUAAAACUGACAAGGCAUCUGUGUUUGAGUCUUGCGAUACCUUUAGCUUAGUAACUAGUCUGACUGAUGCACUUUGUAACUGGACUAGCUUUGGAACAUUUGCUCUCUGAUUUCUUCGGAGUCAGUUAGAAUACAAGUGGAUGAACCUGCUUUCGCACUGGGGAUUUGUACUUUUUGUAAUUUCUGUAUGAAUUUUUGGGAAAGCUUAGAAAUGUGUUCUGGAAGGAAUCAGAGGACUCUGGCUGUUAUUUGCACUGUAUUGAUGUUAGUUGUAUGCCCAGCUGAAGGAGAGGCGUCCAGAGGCUGUUCCCGUCCCUGCUCCUGCCCCCCGUCUCCACCCUCCUGUCCGCUCGGAGUGAGCUGGGCGCUGGAUGAGUGCAGCUGCUGUAAGGUGUGCGCCCAACAGUUCAACCAGGACUGUGGCCCUGACCGACCCUGUGACCACAUCAAGGGCCUGCGCUGCCACCUAGGGGCCGGAGGGGACCCACGACGCGGUCUCUGCAGAGCUGAGGCUCAGGGCCGUCCGUGUGAGUUUGCUGGGCGUGUGUAUCAGCACGGAGAGGAUUUCCAGCCCAGCUGUCAGCACCAGUGCAGCUGUAUGGAUGGUGUGGUGGGCUGCAUGCCGCUGUGUCCCCACAACAUCCCUCUGCCCCGCAGACACUGCACCAACCCUCGUCUGGAGACGCCGCCGGGACGCUGCUGUGAGGAGUGGCUGUGUGACGAUGAUAACCGCAUCAGGGAAGACCCACCGGACCCCCAUCCCCAUCACACCACAUUCAAUCACAUCAGCAAACUCAUACAGAGCCCUAACAGCGUCCUGUCCAGGAGAGGCUCCUUUCAAGAGUGGGCGUCCCUGCCUGUGUCUCGAGUUCCCUUCCUAUCAUCCGAAUGUUUCCCGCAGACCUCCGACUGGUCCGAAUGUUCUGCUCCCUGCGGGUUUGGCAUCUCCAGUCGUGUGACUAAUAGUAAUGCACAGUGCAAGCUUGUUCGAGAGACUCGCCUUUGCCAGAUCAGACAAUGUGACAUCACUCUGUCUGUGAAGAAAGGAAAGAAGUGCAGGCAAACGGUGAGGUCUCGGGAACCGGAGCAGAUCACGUUCGCCGGCUGCUCGACGGCUCGCCGUUACCGGCCUCGUACCUGUGGCUGGUGUGUGGAUGGCAGGUGCUGUCAGCCGUCCUCGUCCCGCACGGUGCGUCUGCGCUUCCACUGCUCAGACGGAGAGAGCAUCACUCGUCACGUCAUGUGGAUCCAGCGCUGCCGCUGCAGCAAGAGCCUCUGUGGGGCUCAGAGAGAGAGAUCCUCACCCGCCAUCAGCCUUCACAACGACAUACACACCUUCUCUCACUGAACACAUCAACCCAUGAUGACUAAAACUCACUCUUCACACUCAAAACAUGGUAAACCUGAACUAUAGAGUGAUAAACUGUUCUAGACUUGUAUAUAGUUUCUUGCACUUUCAGUGUUUCUCCUUCGACCUUUGACCUGCAGCCUCUGAAUCUCAUGAAAACAUGUCCAGGUCACACUUCUCGAGGAUCUGUGAGAAGGCAUUGCUAACUGUUGCUAGCUCAUGUUUCCACAUCUUUCUACUUGUAUUUAUUCUGUUAUUUUUGUAGUAUUUUAAAGCGUCUUUAAGGAUAAGUGAUGAAAUAUUUGUUGUCAGAUGAAAGACUUCCUGUCCCUCGAUGGGUUAAUGCACUAAUGAGAUGUUAUGUAAGCCUAUAUCAUU